AUGCCUUACAACACACGCCGAAAGUCGUUGUCGCUCCCUUCGUUAGGCAUUCACUUGCCUAACGCUUCUCGGUCGCACAGAUCCCCCUCGGCAUCAAAGAGUUCUACUUCGGGCUCGACGAUACUGGACGAACAGGUCCCUCCUUCCAAGAAAGUCAAGAGGUCGCAUGAUGCCGCCGACACCGACAAGUCGCAGAAGGUCGCCACUGGUCGCAUAAGGAACAGCCGAGGCGCUUAUGAACAUACUCCGCCACCCUCACCCGGCGAUGCCGUCGGUGUCGCCAUGAAAAUCGAUACCGAAGGCAUCAACGAUGAUGUGGUCGUCGCCGCGAUCGAGCAGCUGGAGAAGACGGGGAAUAAGCCUCAUCUAGUGCGCGAGCUGGCCGCCGUGCUGGUGAAAAUCAACGACACUGUCGCCAAUUCGGCAAACCCUGCCGCCUUACUUUCCUCUCGCCUCAGCACCUACAUGAAGCGUUCAUGGACUGCGCUGUCACCAUGCCCUAUCGGCAAGGAACUUAUCAACGUGCAUCCUCGAAAAGUAUUUUACUACCUUACCAACACUCCACACCAGCCUCUACCCGAGAACCUGGAAGAUAUGGUUGCGAUGGAUGAGAAACGGUUGACCCCAAGCCUGUCCAGCGGAAGUGUCGAUCAAGAUGAGGACGAUGCGGUGGAGCGCGAGCGGUCGCGACUCAGUCCUAGUCCCGAGAUCGACCUAUCUUCUCCGGAGUUUGAGGAAGAGCACGACACUUUCAAUGCGCGCCACACUUCCGGUGCUCAUACGAACCAGAAUAACAGCCAUCGCCUGUCGCAUAAUCAUCGAGCUGCCUCACCACCACUGGAAGGUGACGAGCGAGAGUUUACUCAAACCGCCAGCUCUUUGCGCGAGCGUGCAUCUGAAGAGAAGGCCAGCCGACAAAGUAGUCUAGCUGCUUUGAGCAUGCCCACCGAUGAAUCACAACCAGCUCAGCUGGUUGGGUCGCCUAUGGAUGAAGAUCCCCUCACGACGUCAAUCAGCGAAAAGAAUCAAUACGAAGAUUAUUUCUCGCAGGGUGGCUCUCGCGAUCAGGAACAAGAUCUUGACGACGCUGCCGUCGCCGCUUUGUUUGGUACCUCGCCAUCUCCCUCGCUCACUUCGGUCGCAACUUCAUUGUCGUCUGGUACGACUGCGCCAUCCGAAGCUGAGCUUGCAGAUUCCCCUUCUGCACUAGACAGCGUCAGUGGCGCUUAUACAUCCGACUCCGCCCGUUCGAAUAUUACCAUCGCCACAGAACCAUCCCUUAAGCGCUCAUUUGACAUGGUCGAGGCCGGCUUCCCGACCAGAUCGGUCACGGAUCUCAAACAAUCUCAAACCUUUGACUUUGAGAUGGUUAUAGACUCCUGGGCUGACCUUCGCAACCCGGAGACCGUAGAGGUCGACGAGCUCGAUGCGAUGUUUGGCGAUUUUUAA